AUGACAACACAUGUGAUUAGCGUUGAGAAGUGCAAACAUUUCUGUAGCAAUAAAGAUGAAUCUCUGUACGUUGCCCUAAUUAAAGCUGGUGACUGUCAGUGCAUCUAUAGAGCCGACCAGGCAGUUGUGUUAUCCGACUGCAAGUUUAAAUGCCGGGAUGGCAAGGAUUGUGGUGGGAAUGAUGUCUAUUCCGUAUAUGUAGAUAAUUCGACGAAGGCAUCGUUCCACCGGCUCUGCUCAGCAUACAUCGGGCAGUACUAUACGGUGCCCACCAUUUUGGAUACCUUAACAUUUUGGGAUGAGAACACGUGGGAGGGAUGUGCCCACUUCUGCCAAGAGAAGAAUCAUUCCGUAUUCAUGCUGUUAAAAACUCGACAGGGUUUGGAAUAUCGUAUGGGUCGUUCUUCAUACCUCGACUGCACUCUGGACAACUCCAAUCCCUUCAUCGACUGCUUGAAGAAGUGUCAAGCUGGUAAAAAGGGAAAUGAUUGUAGAGAACUGGGUUGGUAUCUUUUUUAA